AAGAACAAACUACUGCCGUGGAAGAGGAACAUAACGAUUCUUUCCGUGGAAUAUCGGGUACAUACAUUCAAACUAAGAUAGAUUUCUCUUGUCAAAGAACUCGAACGACUUACCACCAGAUAAAUAGAACGACACAAGUGGAAAAGAAGGAAAUUAUACACUACAAAGUUCCUUUAACAUGUUGGCCAAGGUUACAGCAUUCACAGGAGUUGGUUGAAACGCUUGUCGGUUACUGUCAAGGACUUGAAAACAAAUUAAAGCUACCAGGAACGGUUAAACAACAUGUAGAGAACAUAGACAAUGUGAACGUUUUUGUGAGGGGAAAUGCAUUUGAUAUCAAAUGCUUAACUGCCGAACCAGAAAAGCGUUUGCAACAAGAAACAGAAAUAUUUUUUAUUUCUGAAAAUCUGACGAAUCAUUCCAUUAACAGGCUUGAGGGAAUUUUCAUUGAUUCUAAAGGAGUAAGAUUGGUUGAUGCAGUUUCUGAAACAACGCUGUAUGUAAAAGAUGAUAUUAUCAUGACAAACGAAUGCCAAAAUAUAAUUUCAGAAAUAAGUAGCCUGAUAGAAGUUGCUUUAUUCAAACCAUUGCUUGAGAAAAUUGAACUCCUACGUAACUUGAUUUUCGCUUCAUCAUGUGAUAUUAAAGAAGGUUGUUUACACGCUGUACAGGAGAAAACAACAAUCUUAUAUGACCGCUUAAGGACAUCCGACCCGUUGAAUGUAGUAGAGGACAGACCAAAUGCGCACAUAGACGGAAUGGACUAUAAAUUAAACCAAGACAUUAUCAUAAACAUCCGCCAACAUAAAAACCAAAUAGACAGGCUGAUAGGAGAAAUGAUUGCUCUGACAAACAGAAGUACUUUGCCUGAGAAAAUGCGCCCUGUUGUAGAAGGUUAUAAGACAAAAGAAAUAAAUAAACAGACUGCAGAAGAUCUAUUUAAGCUGCAUUCAACGAUUAAAUGGUGUGGGUAUCGCUAUAGCACACUUCACAUCAAUGUCGAGCACAUUUCGGACUCAUUUGAAAAUGAUCGUCGUAACGAAAAGAUUAAAGCAUUUUUAUCAAGAAAGCAUAUCAAUGAUUACAGAAUAGAUAUCAUUGAAAGUCAAAUUAAAGAAUACAAUUAUGUUGGUGCUGAAAUUCAGUCUGAAACUAGGACAAAGGCAACCCUUGGAUGCUUUUCAGUUUAUAGGAAAGGAAAUCAGAAAACUGUUUGUUGUCUGCUGUCGAAACAUUUUGUUUUAGGGUCCAGUAGAAUAUUUGUUGAUGACAAAGUUCACUUUGGUACAGUUUUGCCAGCCACAAACGAAGAAGGUGGACAAGACAUCGCUGCGGCUAAAAUAGUAGAACGACAUCUUCAGGAUUUAGACAUGAAUUUUAAAAACUAUGAAGAUCAGCCUAGACCUGCAUUUUUGUAUGACAACACUGACAAUAAAAUGCUGCAGGAUCAACCAGUUUAUUUGAGAGGAGCCAUGACUAAACUAGGUGUGGGUACAAUACAUAUACCAACGUUACAAUGCUGUGACGACACUGAUGCGGAUUAUAUUCAAAUAAUUGACGGUAACUUUACUCUGAAAAUGCCUUUCGAAAGACUGGCCGUAGAAGGAGACAGUGGAUCUAUUAUAUGCAUGGAUGAAUUGGGCACAAAAAAUGUAUGUGUCAUUUCUAUGCUUAUGGGUGAGCUUUUACGUAAGUCUGAAGAAGAACAGCGAGUUUACAGUACGCUACGUUUAUCAUGCGCUUUGAAGUAUUUAGAGGACAAAACGCAAGGCAAAUUUAUACUCGGGGGAACUGUGUCCGGAAAAGAAAUAGUUGAUCAAAUUCUUCGGGACCUGUUGGAAUCACUCCCAACCGGAACAAAUGAAAUCGACCAAGGAGAAAAAACAAUUUCCCUGCGCAAAUGAGGAAGCAGCUUCGGCAGUUUAAGGCAGAAUAUUGUUGACUGCCAUUAUCUUAUACAGUAUACUUACCAAGAAAAAUGGUUUAUUAGCAUGUGUUUCUUUAGUCCCUUUGUGCAUUUCUUUAAUGUACCUUUCGCUGAAAUAUUACGUGCACGUGUUAGCCUUUUUUAUCAUGCGGCCUGAAACUUUGUUAUCACGUCAGUGACCUGAUAACAAAAUAGACAUCACCCUUACCAACUGACUACUAUUUACAUCUAUUCCAUCCCCAACUCAAUAAUAAAUUAUCGAAAUGUAGAUGUGUAAAUCUAAUCGAAAAAAUGUCAUUGACUGCCAAGGUACAAAAUGAAUAUACCUUAAAAGGCAAUACGGGGCGGUACACUUGAUGCUUGUCGACAUUUUGUUUAAUGGUGUCGCAUGCUGUUUAAAAAUUUGUUUCUUAACAAUUUUGGAAGAUUGAUUUACUGUUUUAUGCGGAUCUACUCUAUUCAUCAUCGAAACAGUUUCUCUAAAUUCGUAUUGUAAUCGCGGAAAAGCAAUACUGAAGUUAGAGAGACUGGGCAUUUGUUCUGAGCGAAGCGCCGCUUUUGGCUAUUACUUACAUAGCUGUAACGUUUGGUUGGUUUCUACACGAAUGUAAGAUUAGCAGCAAUGAUUUACAUAACAAGGACGUUUGGUGUAUCUGAAGUAAGUUUUUUUAAAGAGUUAUUUGAAAGACAUUAAAGAAAGCAGGGGUCGAUUAAUUUAGAACUCAGUAAAAUGCAAAGGAAAUAUGUUUAACGAAAGUAAGAUACAGAAAUGUAUACUUCUUGGUAGUUUAUGCUUGCUACAUGGUAAAUAGAAUAAGACACUAUUGUCUUUUGAUAUCAGUGUUAUCAGGUCCAGCAGAUAUGGGCGGAAAGUAUUCGUUGAACCUCAAACCUGCCAGCUCAUAUUGGCUUUACCUGAUAGCAUUGAUAUCAUAAAUUUAGCCUGUUCUCUAUGUAACAUAGACCAUGUUGAAACGUUUCAUUGCUGCCACAUGUAAAUAUAUGUGUUAAUCCAUUGAUGUUUCGCUUAAAGUUUGCCAGCUAUGACACGUUUCAUAAGAAAGUUAUGUAGAGCUCCUUUCAUAUUUAUAGAGAAAGGUAAACCGUUCAGCUUGUUUGAUACUAGUACAUAUUUUUGUCUUGGUGACACUGUGUUAUAUAAAUAUUUUAUAAUUUAAAUUUAUUGGCUGAUUGUGUUUUGUUUCCUUUAUCUUUUUAUGUAUAUUGUAUAUGUAUAGAUUCAAUGAGACUAUCAUAUACAAAUUUGAUCAUGAAUAAUAUAAGAUUUUGGAAAAAUAUAUAUUUAUUUAUAUCAUGUACUGUGUACAUAAUUUGAUCACAAAUGCUUAUGCAUCAGAGAAAUGAAAUAAAACAAAUAUCUAUAUACAUAAACAAAAAUCAUGAUUUAUUAUCA